AUGGCUGACUGCAAGUCAAAUCACUGCAGAGAAAAGCAAAGAAAAGAAAAUUUUCAACGAAAAGAAUCGGUGAGUCUGAAAAGCCCUGAAAAGUCCGCUCCUAUAUUUCAUUUGAGAAAUAUUUGUCCUGUCUAAUAGUCGAAUUUAUUGGAGUGUUCUGUUUCUUUAUUGUAAAAGCAGAAACACAAGUUGGUCAAUAAAGCAAUUCCAAACAUUGCAAACGCCAUUAGAACGGUUGUUGAUGUUAGUGAGAACGAGGAUUUCAAAGCUAACUGUUUCAACCUUUUAAAGGUAAAAAAGACUAUAUGCUUUAGUAUCGCACUUUGUAACUGAAGACUUUUUAAAUUGAUCCAUGAUCAAUUCAACCUCGCCUUGAAACUGAGCUGGUUUGUUUCGUAUGAGCUUUUUCCAGCAGCUUCAUUUCCCAGGUAGGAAAUGAGAACGAAUUCAAAGACGUUAUGACUGAACGAUUGUGGAAUAUUGCGACCUCAAGACUGGAUGUGAAACAACAUGACGGCAGAGGCCAGGUAAAAGACAAAAUUAAAAGUCUUUCAUUCAGUCCUUCAACUCUACGAAUGUUUUACUAAUAUAUUUUUGAACCAGAUAGUACCACAUAUGAAAGUCGUUGAAGAUGAAACAGAAGAGGUAGGUUGGAUAUUCCAAAAUUUAGUCGGUUAUCUAGACAAAUUAAAUCGUGGGGAAGUAUUCAUGACACCAAAUGCCUUAGGUAUGAUAAUAUCAAUAAUAAUGAUGAUGAUGAUGAUAUCCAUUCACUUAUUGAAAUCCAUUCGCUUAUUGAAAUUGAGGAAACCAAUCCCAGUGAAGAACUAAGUGGGUCCUGUUUUGAUGAUUUAUCUGGAGAGAUAUCAAUUUACGAAGAUUUCAAAAGCAAAGAGAACUGCUUUACAGGAAGUGAAAGAGGCAAAACAGGACCAAGCACUUGGGACAAGGACAACAAUUCUUCAUUUGAAAUGUUGGCGGAUGUGCAGUGGAAUUAA